CCCUUGCUCCCGCCCGGGCAAGGCGGAGCGGAUUCGCUGCGGGACGCGGCGGUUGGAUUCCGGGCGGGCGCGCGAGCAAGCAGCGCGGCGCCGGGGAGAUGGAGCUGGCCCCGCUCAUCAGGAAACUCGGUCAUCAACUUGCAGAGAUAAGAGAACGAGCUCUCAAGAAUAUAUUGUGUAAAUUAGAUCAUAAUUUGAUUUCAUAUGCUGAUCUAGUCCAAGAACAGUUGCUUUUUCUCCAUUUGCUGGAAUGGUUCAAUUUUCCUAUAGUACCGAUGAAAGAGGAGAUAUUAAAUUUGUUGGACAACUUGGUAAAGCAUCCGUCUGCUGUCCGGCAAUUGGUUGGGAUUGGUGCAGUGGAAUUCUUUUCUCAACUUCGUCAUAAUAUGGAUCCACAUCUGCAGACUGUAAUUGAUGGGAUUCUAGAUGGGCUCUUCCUACUUCCUUCAGAAAUUCCUGCCAAUUAUCCAGCAGUGUCUUAUCAAGGACAGCCCUUACCAUCAGAAGACAAACCAGUUUUACCCCAAGAAGAAAUAUUCACUGGAUAUUUUCACCAAGGCAGAAGUAAUUUGCAACAGAUGGAAAUCCCUCCCAAAAGAUCAGUUGUAAAUCAGGCAGUGAAAUGUUUGAAGUUUUCCACAUUUCCUUGGUUAACACUGACCACAACGGAUAGACAUGUUCUUUCAUCAAAUGAAAGCUCUUUGAGAAGUAAUAACCACAGUUUAAUUUGGAGUACAUGUGAGCUUCUACAGGAUGUUAUUAUGCAAGAUUUCCCUGCUGAGAUUUUCCUUCAAAGACCAAAGAUUGUUCAGAGCCUUCUGUCUCUACUAAAGCUGGCUUUUGGAAAAGAUGGAAAACACCGCUUAGCCUUGCAGGCGGUGUCAUGCCUGCAACAGUUAUGUAUCUUCUUAAGAAAUAGGCUUAAUUUUCACAGAGAUCCAGGCUUUUUCUCCACUGACCAAGGUACAGCUUCCCAGAAUUCUUCUAUGUCCUAUGGCCAAGAAGUAAGAGGACCUCACCAUUCCCAGAAUCCAUCGCCUGGAAGUAGUAGCCCUCGACCAUCUGUGAUUGGACGUACUGGUCAGCGUCCCAGAGGUGAUGGCCAAGACUGGGAUGCAGCGUCUUCCAGUGGAAGCAGUACUCAUGCUAGUGCAAACUCCAGAAUAAAUCUGCAGUCACCGCUGGAUGUAGGGCACAUUGACCUGCCAGACCUGGAAAGUGAGGAUACUUUAGAGUUACAGUUCCAACAGCUCAGCCUUCCUCAGUUCUGUGUGUCCAUCCUGGAAUAUGCUGUACCUCUUCUAAGAACAGGCAGUAGUAGAGUGACAAUGCAAGUUCUUGAAUUACUUUCUGAAGAUGUGCUUCUUAUUGGUGAUGCAGUAUCUGAAGAUGUUUGGGAGGACCACAGCUUCUUUGGGUUAGAGUUGAAAGAUAAGCUGCUUAUGGUCCUGGGUUCACUUGGAGAAACCAUAUCCUACCACAAAAGUAACAUCAACUCAGAGCAGCCUGAGCUGAUGUUAGUGCACCACAGAAUGGCAUUUAUUAGCAUUUCACUUUUCACCGUGCGACUAUUGCAAACACUUCUCCCUGUAGAAAAGGCCAGCAAAGUGUUACCAGAGAGCUUGGUGACUGCUUUAUUUCUUCUUUCCUUGGACAUGCCAUUCUCCUUGGAAUAUCCAAGUAUUCAUGAGUCGGUGGCAGCCUUUUUGGAGCAGAUGAAUUCUGAGAACUACAGUAUUUAUAAACAAGCUGCAGAGGCUGUUCAUUCAAUUGAGUGCACCUGUAACUUUAUGAUGGAUGUCCACAAGGAGGGAGAAAAAAAUUUCUUUGAACUAGUGGAAUUGGCAAAUCAGGCCCUAAAUAGUCUUCCUUAUCAUCAGCACUUUCCCAUGCUUCAGGAAAUCAUCCACAUUUGCUUGAAUAUCUGGAAGUCUGCCCAGGCUAACCCAUUGCUGCAGGCAGAGAGUCAGAAGGUGCUUCUCCAUCUGUUGUCCCAUCCUCUGCUGAAUAUAAAAACUGAAGCUUACCAUUGCUGUCUGGAAAUUGUUAAGGAAUGUUUGGGUAUCCAUAAUGUCACAACACCUGUGUCUUCAAUUUGUCAUGGAGUUCACUUUCUUCUUCAUCCAAAAGUUUUAUAUGAAAUCUCUGCAUUUGGCCUCCAGGAGUCCAAAAAUGAGGUGAACUCUGCUGCCAAGGCUAUUCUACUGUAUCUCCUGCAGGGGCGAUUGAUGAUGACAGCACUGACCUGGAACAAGUUUAUUGAGGCCCUCUAUCCCAUCAUUCCAAUUUUACAGGGUUAUGCAGACACAGAAGAGACACUGGGUAACUGCAUCCUCAGUCUAAGCGAAACAGCUUCUGACAAAGGAGAAGGGAUUCUCCCUAGAACUACUAGAUUAAGGGCUGCUCUACGACUUCUCUUCUCAAAAAAGCAGUUAGUCCGUUCUGUGGCACUGAAACAUCUAACAUUCCAUCUCAUGAAUGAAGAAGGGGCCAGCCUGAAGCGUCCUCUUUUGCAUGGUAGUGUUUUCUCCAGUGUUCCUAACUUGUUUAUUGUGGAAAGACCUAUUGAGCUGAAGUUGGAUGAUACAAAAGAGUCAAUUUUUAAGGAAGAGACAGUGGAAAAACUAUAUGGUAUUCUUACUUCUGACACCAUUGAUCUAGUUUUGAGAAAGUCUGCAGCAGAGCAGCUAGCUAUAAUUAUGCAAGAUACCAAAAUGCAUGAUGUUGUGAAAAAAUUGGGUCUGAUAGAUAAGUUAUUUGUUUACUUUACUGAAUGUGUACACCGAGAUGGCAAGAUCAUGGAAUGUAUUGUGUUGCCAUGCCUUACACUUCUACGAAAACUUGUAUAUGCUGAUCCAGUUACACGCCUGUCAUUAGCACAGCAGCCUUCUAUCCUGCUAACGUUAUUGAGAGUUUCCUUGAUUUUCCGAGAUGACUGUGCUGUUCUGACUGAAAGUGCAGCAUUGCUUUGCCUUCUGUCGUUUGAUGAAGUAGCAAGAAAAGAAAUCUGGUCCGAUGCUGUAUCCAGUAAUUGUUCUAACCUACCUGCUUUCAGCUUGCCUGUAGCUAUUGUCAGACGGUAUCACCUCCCAAUCAGAGUCACUGCUCAUCAUGCAGUUAGUCCUAACUCUGUUGUUUUGCUGUUAUCUUCUGACUGCUUGACCUCGAAGCCUGUGUCUGACAUGCUUAAGAUGGCUUGGAAUCUGUCAUGGUAUCACGGGAUUGAUAAAUUAUUGCAACUGGUGAACUAUGAAACAGAAGCACAAGCAUUUUUAGACACAUUAAAGCUAUCCUCAGAGGACAUUCUUACGUUGAAGAUAACACACACAACCAGUGGACUGCAGGAUUGUCUUAAUGCAGUAAUUCAGGCCGUGUCCCACAGGGAAGUUAGAGCUGCUGUGACUAGGAUGAGUUUUUAUGUUCUAAAUGACAAGCUGGCUUUAAAAUUUAGCACUGGCUCUUGCAGGACCACUUCGAAGGGCGUGGCUUGGCAAACAGCAUUCAACAGGUUUCUGCAAGUACUUCCAGCUUCUACAGAAGAUGAGAAGCUUCUGGCUGAUGUCUUAAGUUUUCUAAACAAGUUGCUUAGGGAACAGAAGAAGAGUUUGGAAGCAGAACAUCUAAAAUGGAUUCUGGAGGUACUGCUUAAACAUAAUUCAAGCUCACUGUUAGACCUUCUGGUCCGACCUGAAUCCCAGGAGCAGGAUGAAACAGAUGACAUACAAACUGCUGUCAGGCAACAACUGCAGAAAGAACUGAUUGGUCUCUUUAACAUGUUGCUACUCUGCUUCACAUCAGUUACUAACAGAAAAGGCUUGGAACUUACUGAUUGUUUCCGAACACAGCUGGCUCUGAAACUGCUACAGUGUUUACGGGUAACAGAUGCGCCCCACUUUUAUGGAUUGCCUUCUUUGGAGAGAACGUUACGAGGAAUGGUCCAUGUCACUGGACACCCAGGCUGGAGUUCAUACUCAGCGACAGCUGAGCCAUUCACAAUUUGUAUGAAAUAUUUGACAGGUCUUCUUGAGGUCAUCUCAUCUUUUUAUGUUGAAUGGGGAGGAAAUGCUAUGUCCUUCAUGGGCAAAGGUGUCACAAAGAGCACAGUACUUUGCUUGCUUCACUUGUCCCAUGAAAUGAUGGCUCAAGCCAAAAAUAGGGACUGGGUGUCUCUCUGGUUCUUGCCUUACGAUAAAAGUGAAGAACAAGUUCCUUCUCGGCUUGGGCUGGCAUGGCUAGUUCCAUUAUGGGUAGAUAGAGAUCCUGAGGUAAGGUUCACCUCCCUUGGAAUCGGAUCAGCUCUUACAUCUCUUGAAUUAGGAUGCAUUGCUUUAGCAGACAGCUGUCAGAACAUUUCAGGAGGGUUAUGGGGAACAGUGAUAAACAUUCUUCUGGACCAAUCGGAAUGUAGCAUGGUACGCAGAGAGGCUGCUUUUAUUCUUCAGAAUCUUCUUGUAAUCCCAAUGCCAACUGAAGAACUGAAAGAUUGUGCGUGGCAGGGGCCUUGUGUACAUGAUGAAGAUUCUGGUCUGUCUCAUAUAGGAAAACCUGCCCUUCAGGCUCUAUUAUAUCAUUGCCACUUCUAUGAACAUUUGAAUCAGAUGGUGAAGCACUGUUACUUGGGUCGAUACACGUUUGAUUUGAAUUGUUCCGCAGGAGACAGCCUCAUGGCAGAAAAAAAUGGCAUAAAUGAUUUCGAUGACUCUAUUAAUUUUUGGAGAGUUCCAUCCAGUCAAAGCCAAUCUCCAAGUUCUCAGUCAACAUCUGAUACUAUGAGAAAGAGAAGGGAAUCUUCUUAUGCCGGGGUAAAAUCUGGACAUGGAACACCCACAGGAAACCCAGAUCAGAUCCUUUCUGCCUCACCGUCAAUGGGGAGCGUUGAUGAGCUGCAGGCCCCUGCCCCGCUAGCAUCAGCUUGUUUUGUCCCUGAAACACCAGUUGACCGGCUUAUGGCUCAAGGUCAGAGUGACACUACCACAACAGCAUCUCCACAUGCUGCAGCAUCUCCCCAGCCUGAUGUUCUGUCUAAUCAGUGUGCUCUAGUCACACCUCCUCUCCUGUCAGCUGUAUGCAGCCUGCUGGGCAACCUGCUGGUGGUUGUUCCAAAGGACACUGGAAUUGCUCUUCGAAAAGCACACGUACUAACACCUCUCAGUAGUCUUGUAAAUGCUAGGUUGGUUGAAAGAUGUAUGUUGGAAUUGAAAGCUCCUCUGCCUCAUCCAUGUCACACUGAACAUACAAAAGUUCAGGUUUUAUUCCUACUUCAGUACUUGUCUUCAGUGUCCAGGCUUCUACAGUCAUGUUUAUUGGUAGACACUCAGCUUGUGAUCCAGGAUGAGCUAAUGAAACCUCUUUUGGGAAAUACCUUAAUGAUCCUCUCCGUUCGCUCUCUGGAUGGCUUGGAUACUGAGUUAACAUAUGCGGUUCACCAAACAUGGACAGACUUGUUUAGCCUUCUGGCUAUGCUGUUAAGGAAAAGUGGCCAAAUCGCUCUUCCAUCUGUGACAGCAGCUCUUGGAAAACGUUGGACUGCAAUAAUUGAUACAAUUUGUGACUGUGUGCAUCUGUCCACCACAUGUCCCAGCUUAUAUAUGGCCAGUUUGCAGUUCCUCUCCUUUCUUUUGGCUGAAGAGGGGAAAAGGCAGCUCCAAGAUAAACAGAAUAUUUGCCCCAACCCAACAAUUACUUUUCUUCUAGAUGAAGCGGAAGGAGGUUUGGCAUCAGGAGCCAAACUUAAUGAAUUAAUAAUUCAGAGCUAUGAAGAAAAAUCCUCUAAAGAUGUGCUGAAACGAGUUGCUGCAGGUGCUUUACUGUCCCUGUUGGCUGUCAGUAAAAGUGCCCAGAAAUGUGCUUUGGAAGCUAACCUUAUAGACAGCUGCAUGGAACAGAUGAAGCACAUUCAUGCACAGCUGAACUUAGAAUCCCUCAGGCCUGGAAAAACAGCACAGAAAAAAAGGGAGGAUAACCUUAUAAGGGAACUAAGGGUUGUUCUGCAGCUCCUAAGAAACUGCCUCUUUCGAAAUGAAGAGUGCAAAGUGGCAGCACUUGAGGCUCAUCUUGUCCCUGUCCUCCACUCUCUGUGGCCAUGGUUUAUAAUGGAUGACUCCUUAAUGCAAAUCGCUCUUCAUUUGCUUUGUGUCUACACUGCAAAUUAUCCCACAGGCUGUGGUUCUCUUUGCUGGGCAAGCAGUGGACUGUCUCCAUUUCAGACUGCACAGAGAAGCGCAACCAGCAACUCACUAAUACACAGCAUUAUCAAGUUAGCUUCCCAAACACUAACUGAGAACAGCUCAAUUCAGCGUAUGGUCUUUACUCUUCUUUCCAACCUUGCUAUUUCUCAUGACUGCAAGGGUGUUAUUCAAAAGAGUAACUUCUUACAGAACUUUUUGUCUCUGUCAUUGCCAAAAGGAGGAAAUAAAAGCCUUAGUACAUUGGCUAGCCAUUGGCUAAAGCUGCUAUUGAAUAUAUCCUUUGGAGAAGAUGGACAGCAGAUGAUCAUGAAGCUAAAUGGUGGUUUAGACCAGCUGUUGGAGAUGAGCAAAUACAAACACAAGAGUAGUCACCAUAUAGUCCUCCUUAUUCUGCACAACAUCUGCUUUAGUCCAACUAACAAGCCCAAGAUACUUGCUAAUGAUAAAGCUAUUGCAGUGCUAUCUGCUUGUUUAGAAAGUGACAGCCUCACUGCUCAGAGAAUAGGAGCAGCUUCACUUUGGUCUUUGCUCCACAAUUAUCAGAAGGCAAAAGUGACUUUGAAGAAUCCAUCAAUAAAGAGAAGAGUAGAUGAGGCUUAUUCUUUAGUAAAGAAAACUCUUUCACAGCCAGAAGGAAACCAGCUAAAAGCCUAUCACUUAAAAUGUCUAGAGAAUCUAGUGAGACUUCUCAAUAGUUAAUGACUGUUGGUGAGUUCUCAUGUUGAAGGUGGAUUGCUUACUCCAUGGAAGACUGGAAUUUAAAGAAAAGAUUUCUAAUGCUGAGAUUUGUGGAGGCAUCGUGUCACAGAAAAAAUGUACUACGUCUUUGGGAAGGGAGUUGAUCACCUAACACCAAAGAAAUAAUAUAGAUUAUGGUUGAAACAGCAUAUAUUGUAUUCCCAAUGGGAAAUUGUGGUGAUACUGCAUCUGGGAAAUGCAAAAGGAGAAUGAGAACAUGGGGGUGGGGGGAGAGGAGGAAAGAGUAUAAGAAAUUAAUAAUUUUAUUAAAUUAUGUGUUGAAAUUAUUACUGGAAAAUAUUAGUGGUUGGUUUGAAUCCAUCUA